UGUGUCCAAAGGAGUGUGAGAAGAGGGCGUGCACGGAAAAGGGCAAGUGCUGUCACCCCCAGUGCCUUGGCAGCUGCACUGAACCAGACAAUGAUAAGGCAUGUGCCGCCUGCCAGCAUUACUUUCACGAGGACCGCUGCGUUGAGGCCUGCCCGCCGGGCACAUACAAGUUUGAAGGUUGGCGCUGCAUCACCAUGGACAUGUGUGCCCGUGUUCACCUACCCAGUGAGGUCGACUUUGUCAUUCACAAUGGAGAGUGUAUGCCGGACUGCCCAUCCGGAUUCACCCGAAAUGAGACUCAGAGUAUGUUUUGUAGCGCAUGUGACGGACUCUGCGAUAAGGUCUGCGAAUCUAAAACAAUUGACUCGGUGGAUGCUGCUCAGUCCCUGCAGGGCUGCACAGUCAUCAAAGGCAACCUGCACAUCAACAUUCGGCGGGGCAAUAACAUUGCAUCAGAGCUGGAGAGUUUCAUGGGCCUGAUCCAGACAGUGACUGGAUAUGUAAAGAUCAAACACUCUCACACUCUGGGCUCUCUGUCCUUCCUCAAGAGCCUGCGAUACAUUCAUGGAGAAGAGCUCACAGAGCAGUAAGACUUUAAAGCACAUAACGAUUGUCAUGGCAUUUCGAUGCUUGAUUGUGUACAGAACAGAAUUAGCCCGCAAAACAGGUCCUGUAUGCAUGCUAUGUGUCUCAUUGAACUCAGUUAUUUGUUGGCCUGCUUAGAACUGUGUCAGAAUCAUUUGUGUCGUCUUAAAUGGUAUA